CUUGGAGUGAUUUCUGCGCUCUGCCGUGGAGCUUCAGAAGACAAACGAGCGGAGAGGAAACAAGCCGCGCAAACGCUUUCCAGCUUUGUUAGUUUUCUAUCCAACGUUUUACGUGAAUUUGUGAAUGAAAGCGGUUGAGGAAGAGGAGGAGGCGCAGGUUAAGUGGACGCUGCUUCCAGUGCACGGAUCGCCUGCUUUAAUGCGCAAAAAGAAGACGCGUUUUCACUUACUGAUCGAAGCGCUUUCGUCGGGCAGACUUUUGCGCUGUACUGGGGGGAGCUGCAAACUUUCUUCAUUUUAAAAAAUAAAUAAAAAGCUCAGAUUGCAUUCUUUCCCCCUUCAAACAUUUUGGAGGUGAUGUCAUCGGCCCGUGUUUUGGCUGCUGUUGCGCUGGAGCUCCAGAAUUGAGUCCGGGAAAUCAGGUGCAGGGAGCUGCGAGCGUGUGCCGCUUUCCUUCUGCUUUCACUUUCCCCCCUUCAUCUGACCUGGACCGCGCCGCCGUCUCUCCGGCGCAGCAGCCAUGACCGAGCACGCUCCGCGGUACCCGGAGUCCAGCUCGCCGCCGCCGCGUCUUCGUCGCUCCAUCCCCGUCCAGGUGCUCUGCCUCCCGCGGCGCGUCAUUUCGCCUGUAGCGGACCAGCAGUGACACGAACUCUCAUGCGUGCGCAUGCACUCCACGGAGUUUUAAUCCUAAUCUGUGCAAAGACAUUCUCAGCAGGAAAAGUUACGCUCGGACUGCUUGAAAAACACUGGGCGCGAACCUUUCGCUGGCUGUCGAAAAGUUUUUACGAGCGGAAACGGCGCAUAGGUGUGGGUCGCGUUUGAACUUCGCUUCACCUGUUCCUCGGACUCCGGAGGAUUCAGCUCCGCCCCGCCUCCCGCCCGUUACCGACCGCGCACCGCAACCAUCCGUGUCGGCGGCGGCGGCGCGCUCACACCCCGCUGACCCCUUGCCGCCCGUUGACGGUGAAAAGAUGCAGUCCACCGGCGCCAGCGGGAACAUCCGCGGACCCCGCAUUCAAACGGAUUAAACAAACCGGAAAGACGUGAAGCUGUGACCCGGAGAGCCGUUUCGCAAGCGCGCACGGAGCCACACGGACGCGGAGGAAGCGAUGUGGGCCUUUCUCUCCACGGUGGCUGUCUUGUAUAUCCAGAUGAUGCUGGUUAUGUGCAAUCCUCUACAGGUGUUUGGAGUGGACGGGGUGAAUUUCAGCGUGCACGUGGAGAACCAGACUCGUGCACGAGACGCCAUGAGCCGGCGACAUCAUCGCGUGUACCAGCUUUACAGCCGCACCAGCGGGAAACACGUCCAGGUGCUCGGACGCAAAAUCAGCGCCCGCGGAGAGGACGGAGACAAAUAUGCCCAGCUCGUAGUGGAGGCAGACACCUUCGGCAGCCAGGUGCGAAUCCGAGGGAAGGAAACCAAUUAUUACCUGUGUAUGAACCGCAGAGGGAAGCUCGUAGGCAAGGCCAGCAAUCGUAGCGCAGACUGCGUCUUCAUCGAGAAAGUCCUGGAAAACAACUACACAGCGCUAAUGUCGGCGCGCUACUCUGGGUGGUACGUGGGCUUCACCAAAAGAGGGCGCCCUCGCCGUGGUCCGCACACGCUUCCCAACCAGCAGGACGUCCACUUCAUGAAGCGUUUCCCACCCGGAGAGCAACCGGAUUUAACGCCGUUCCGCUUCACCACCGUCAGCAAGAGGAGCAAGAGAGUCCGAGCGGCGCGACCGCGCUCAUGCUAAUGUCCCACUGCUAACGUUUACAUGAGGUCGAGGAACAAACCAAAAGACAGUCCAAGUGAAAAUGACACUGCUAACGCGAAGCAGGACCGUCUUGUCUUAUUUGAACAGACGAUGCGAUAGCAUCACUUUAUAUUCCACUGGGUUGGACCUCUGCAACCCUAAUAAUAAAUACUAGCUAAUUUACACCAGAGCUGUGGUUCAGACAGCUUUCUUCAGACACGGAGAUGACUAACCAAAGCAAACACAGGCAAGCGUCUGGCCCGGAGGACGGGCGGAGGAAGUGUCGGCCUGCGCAUCCAGCGAGCGGCCCAACAGUGAAGACACGAAACAAAACACAAGCACAUUGGCCUAUAGACGCCGAUCGUGUGGCAAUUUUCCUAAGACAAGACUUGGACGUGAUCCCGCCUAAGGGAGAGGAGCAGAAAUCCCUGAACCUGCGGAACGAAGAAAGAAAUGGACACUGAUUGGAAACUAAGACAGAAGGGCUACUGUUAUAUGGGAGCUCCUGGGAUAAGACCUGCCUUAAAGGACAACCUCAGACAAUAAAAAAAGAACAUUCGGCCAUCAUUUGCUCACCUCAAGUCACUCCAAAUGCAUAUGGUUUUUUUUCUCUCGUUGCAAUAGAGUUGCAUGCUUGGCUAUAGAUUUCGGACUAUGGUUCAUAGUUAAUAUGUCUGUCAAGCUCUUGAAAGAAAAAACAAAAACGGAAAAAAACCCACUAUACACAUGCAUUAUAUUCCAGGUCAUAUAAAAAACUCAAACCAUUACACUAUUAUUAUUUAUUGUAGCUUAAUAAAA